GAAAGAGCUCCACGAACGAAUGGAAAAGUUCUUUAAAACACAGUUGUGUUGGCUGAAAGACCAAUGCCACUAUGACCCUCAUAAUAACACUGACAGGUAAACAUUGUGAAAGUUAAGUAAAUACCCAUUGUUCAAAUCAACUACUAGUACGUACAGUAUGUUUCAAAUCACCCCUGCAGUGGUACUCAUUUUCAUAAAUAUUCUAAAGCGAAAGUAUUGCAAUAACCUUUAAUCCUAUAACUUUAAUUGUUUAACUAAACCCAUUAAAGGCAUUCUGUUGUUAGACAGAGUUAGAGUAAAAUACUACGUUAGGGCACAGACAGUGCCCAUGGUCUGUGCUCAUCAGAAGCAAUACUUUCUUUCUCUUUCAAUCUGCAAAAUGUGAAUGUACAAAAUAUAAAUCUGAUACCGGAUUCCAGCCCAUCUUGUGUCAAUAAUACAUAGUGAUAUUAAUUAUAUUUCAUGGGUUGAAACAUUCACCUAAGGUCAUUAUUCCCUUGGUGAUCCAUCACAAAUUUUGGUAUUUUGUUUUUAAUAUAGGAUGCUUUUGGCUUUUAUUAUGGUGCCACUUAUACAGAAAGAGUUAGAUAUUUUCAGGGAAAAAGUGUGGAACACACACAGAAUCCGAGCCCAAAAAGACACACUACUUCCUGAUGGUGUACCGGAACAUAUUUAUAACUUCCCUGAACAGUACAAUCUUGAAGAAUGCGGUAAGUUGUAUUGGUUUUAUUAUCCUGCAAAUGAUGGGAAUAAUUGUUAAUUGUGAAAUUCAUCACAAAAUUAUAAUCGACUGUUGGUUUUAUAGACCACAGCUGCUUUGCAGGGCCCUUUCGAGAUGGGGGCCCAGGGCAGAAUUGUCCCCCUCCUAUUUUAUUGGAACCUUUGAAAAUUAUUGUUCUGGCCAUUUUACAUGAAACAAAUUGUGGGGAGUGUCAGGCAGGCAAGUAGCAUCAACUGACGACUAUAUACAGUUACUAUAAUAAAUAUCUAAAAAGACAAUUUCCAUUCAUUUCUACUACAGGUUUUGCAGUUACUGAGGAACAACUUCAAGAGGCUGCAACAGAAUCUGGUGUUCUUCAAGUCCCAGAUGACUUUCUCACUGAAGAGUUCAGAGCAGAAUGCGAGCGUCUCAUUCCAGACAAUGACACGAUUAAGCCAGAUGAAUGGACAAAUGCAUAUUUGUACUUGAAGGAGAAAUGCACUCUUUCAAUGUAGUUUUUCUUUUAAGCUCAGAAUGUUAAUAUAACUGAAAGUUAAUAUUUCUGUAAAAGUACAAAUACUGUACAGUAAUUAUGGUUCACAAUUAAUCCAUUGAAUCGCAUUGCGCCCUGAUGCACCCUACCUUAUUAUUUCACUCUCCUUAAUGCCAGACAAUUUUACUCAUCAAGGGGAGAGCACUGGUGCUUAACCCAUUAAGCUGUAAUGCACCCAAGUGUGCCCUACUUGUAUAGUAGGGCACAUUUGGUCAUAUUGCCCAUCAACCCAUUAAUGGCAGUGUGCCCUGAUUUACCAUACACAUCUGUACUUCAGCAUUUUGCUGUCUAAUGCCAGAUCAGUUUAAUUGUCAAAAGGAGACCACUUGAGUCCUUUGAAAUAUAC